AACUGAAUGGAACGGCAAUACAGUGUCAGUUGACGAGAGAAAACCCAGAUUCACGGGCGGGAGGACUGUAAUCCCAGUGGUCAAAAUCGAAGGGAGUACGAGUACGUUGAAUUGCAGCGGCGGCGGCAAAGUAGCGAACUAUGGCAACUUCAUCUGCUCCUCUCAGUAGCUACUAUGCCGACGAAAGAGAGAACACAACAUCUUGGGACACGCACUAUCAGAGACGUGGGCGCAAUCGAGAAGUUCACGACUACAUCAACUCCUCCUCGGGAGGGGGGCAUCGCAGCAAUUACGAUCACAACCCCCAGCACCGACCGAGGCGUUCUCUGAGUGCGGAUUCACGUCCACAAUACCAAACGAAAACCAAUCAAAACACGGCGCAUUCUCCAUACGGUUCUUUGUCGCAGCGAAACGUCGGGCCAUCGCACAUUCAUUCCGAUCGUGCCCAGUCGGACGUUGGUGCGACCACGAACUCGAAUUCCAUUGGCUUCUACCAGCUCCCUGGCUACGGAGGCGUUGUCCACGACGACACAGUAUUGUAUUCAAGUGGUGGAAGACGACGACUAGAAGAGCAGCAGCAACAACGAUACAGUACGAGCCAACGGGUAUUGUUUGCAGAAGGACAGCAUAAUCGUGCGAGAAAGAACGCUCGAGAGAACGCCAUGUCUUACCAGAAUGAUAACGGUCGUCACCAAUAUUCCUCUUCGUACGAAGACGCGAGGCAAUAUUACGAUUUCGCCAAGGACAAUCUCGUAACUUUUGGACGAUGCGAUGAACCAACCGAAAGCACGGGAUUCAGUCAAGAGGAGCUCUUGCAACGAAAACGACGGGAAGAUACAUGGCAACAGCGACGGGGAAAGCGGAGCAGCAAAGCCAACAAACAGCAACGUAUCAUUAGUUUUCCAUCAAGUCUGCUCAAAAGAAGCGGCAAAGGCCAGGCUCAAUCUGCGCAGUCUCAGCGACAAUAUCAGUCUGGGUACGGGAACGAAGAUACAGCAAACAACGGCCGUGGGGAUGGUCUUUAUUCAAACAGUAACAGCGGUCGAAACAAGGGGGCUAGAAGUGCAGUGGUGAGUAUUUCGUUCGUAAAAAUGCUGCGUCGAAUUCCUUUUUUUAAGGAUAUCGAUGCAUAGUUGACAAAAGGUAUCUGCUACUAACGUUAUCUGAACUGAAAUGAAUUCGUGUUUCGAUGAAUUGCGACUAGGUUCGACGCCAUAGGGACAAAAUCAAAAGAUUGCAAAUGGCAUCGUGCUAUUCAGCGUCGGAAGAUAAUAGCAACAGUAGUGACAGUGCCAACGACACUUUUGAUCGCUUCAUGGAAGAUCCAAACUUGCUACCAGCAAAUGCAAAGAAUGGUAUGGUAUUAGAUUCUCGGAAUGUUAACCUUGAUCGCGAUUACCUUUCGGUACCAAUCGCUCCGGACCGUUCCACUCCUUCGGAAACAACGCCUAAAUCUAGACGCAACACAAACCGUCCCACAUACUCCGAUUUCACACCCACAUCUGACUACACUCCUCAAAAUUUCAACAUUUCGAAACGUGAAGAGAUGUUUACCAAAGACACAUCACCUACAUCGGUAAUGAAUCUCCAAGUGGGCAAUGCCGGAGGGGUGCGAUGGAACAAGAACCUCACGCAACAAGAAUAUAUCUUAAGUCCUCAACAAACAAAACUGAAUCCUGAUUCCGAUCACUCUCGGCCGGGAAGCUCAGGCCAAAAACCAAAAUCUAUUCUCCGGGGUCGACAUUCUUCUUCGUAUAAUCAAAACGGCAAUGUGGAAGGCGGGGCGAUAGAUCCCUCAAAUGAUUUCCCAUUCGUCGAUUUCAAUAGUCCCGAAAUGCAAUCAAAUAUGGAUAACUCAGCGAGAGAAAACUCGAUCGAGAGCUUUCAAAAUCCGUUUCCCGACGACCCAUUCAAAAUGGACUUUUUCGACGAAAAUGAGCGUUCGAUAUCUCCGAUUCAAACGGAUACUGGUGCCGAUAACUCUGGAAAAUUUCCCGAAUCGUACGUUAAUUUUAUUGAAGCUGUUGCCUCAGUAGUCAUUCAGACAAAGAUACGACAAAAGCUUGCUAGAAAUAAAGUGCAAAAACUACGAAACGACCUGAGAAUUCAACGAGCGACCGGGUCGUCCGGGACGAACAUGACCCCAAUGGUCCGUAAAUCCUACGACCUUGCGAGAAAACUUAGGAACGACAAGAAAAUGAAAGAACGAACACGGAGAGGCAACGCUGCACUUGAUUUCUACACUCUUGCUGCCAUUCAGAUUCAAGCUGCUUUUCGCGGUUGGUGGGUUCGGGAUUGUCUUGGAGUCGAUAAUUAUUGUGCAACAAUGAUUCAGAAGGAAUUUCGGGGAAUGCUACGUAGAAGAGAAUAUCUGUAUGAUCUCUACAAUAUAGUCCUUGUACAAUCAAUCUGUCGACGUUGGUUGGCAACAGAUACCACGGUAACAAGAAUAUAUUGCAUCGUAAGAAUUCAGGCGUUUGCUAGAGGUUUCCUGGUGCGGAAGAGAGUGGGAUUCGAUUUGUUUGAAAAAGAUGUGUAUGAUGCCGCAGCGACCAUGAUACAAACUCAAUGGAGGGCCUUUGCGUGUGAGAUGAAAUUCCUGCGGGCAUACGAAGAUAUUCUUGUUGUACAGAGCAUAGCUCGUGGAUGGAUAACAAGAAGGUAUCUCAGUUCUUCAAAGAGAUCGACGAAGGCAAGAACCUUUCGACGAGUCGAAGCACAUUCGCGUUUCAAGCGUUCAAAGGCCCCAUCGAAACUUCGCAACGAUUUCUCACCUGCAUAUUCUAAUCACGUCGCAUUCAUGACGAAAACACUGAGCCCGGUACGGAAACCGAAGGAUUCACUUAAUCGGCCAUCUUCCUAUCGAAAGGCAUGGAAACCUCCACAUACAAAGGAAGACAAUUUCUCUUUUCGAGAUCACCAAGAGACCUUCAAUACAAAUAAUUUCUAUGGAAAGGCUAAGAAAGCUCCACAUACAAAGGAAGACAAUGCCUCUUUUCAAGAUCAACAAGAGACCUUACACACAAACAAACAAAAUUCUGUCGAAAGAAAAGUUGCGAAACACGGCUCAACCUCUCGUGAUCAGGCAGCGAAGAAGUUAGACGACAAGAGAGUCGAACCAGAGCAGGUCAAAAGUCACGAGAUAGAGUUAAACAAAUCCAAGGCUCGCGCUGUUAUUGAAAGACGUCGAAAAGAAAGGGAACUUGAGAUGAGAGCAAACGAAGUGGAAGAACAAAGGCGUAAUCAAUCACAUGCAGCCGACAUGGCAGAAAUUUCACUCCGACGAAAGUCGAUGGCAUUGAAGGCCGAAGCACGAAAGAAACAAGAGGUAGCUACGACACAAAACAGUGUUACUGGUACAAUCGAACAUGCAAAGCCAGCUAAGGGAAUUUCUGAUUCGAGUAAAGAAUCUCUUUUUUCGAAGCGCAUGCGAGACCUUGAAACGCCCAAAAGCGUUGUCUCCUCAACAAAAACAGACAGUGCACUCACUGGCAAAAGGAAUGUAACGAUAUCGGGAGAUAAAUUAAGACCGAACAGGCCUGCCUCAAAGACGAUGGACGCAAAAGAUGAAGUCAUACAAACUUCCGGUGGUCAGAAAACAUCUGACAAAAAAUCUAGUGCCGAUGCCAAACCAAUGCAGCCAAAAAGCAAAAGUAAAGCUGGAAACCAAGCCGGCAAAUCGAAAUAUCAAGAUUUAAUGCAAUCUCUUCGUAGCGAAUCAGAGCAAAAACGCAUCGACGAGAUGCACAAUAUUUUUCGCCAGGCUGGCCUCAUGUCGAGAGCUAAGCGUACAACUGUUGCCCAAGUCCACAUUGACAAUGGAACGAACCUUUAAAAUAAAUUGAGCAAAUUUGU